AUGCGGAAAGUUCACAGAUCAAUUAAUAUGCUGCCAUUCAUUUGGAUACUCAUCGUGCUAGAUCUAUUGGUCAAUGUUUCAGCGCAAACAACCUGCAACGGUGGUCUGGGUAGAGUGGUUUAUGAGAGACUUCCGGAUCAGCAGCUUCAGGGUUUUGACGAUGAUGUGGUGCGAGACUCGGCGCCUCCAUUUAGGGUCUUGGAGAAGUGUCAAGAGCUCUGUCUGCGCGACAGAACGGCGACGAACAAUCUGGUCCGCGCAUGUACGAGCUUCGACUUCCAACCUGGCAGCAGAAUCGCGUCCUUCAGCGGCGCCGCCGAGUACGAAGAGAGUACUUGCUAUUUAACGAGAGAACAGGCGCAGCCGGAGGGCAUCGGAAAUCUUAUGCUCGUACCAAAUAGCGUGCACUUCACCGAAGUGUGCCUAACAUCCGACAGAAUAGAGAGAGAAUGUCCAAAUCGUCGUUAUGUGUUCGAGAGGCAUCCGAGAAAGAAGCUGAAGCUACCCUUGACAGACAUCAAAGAAGUCAGUGCCGCUAACAGAACCGACUGCGAAGAUAGAUGUCUCAACGAAUUCAGUUUCGUCUGUCGAUCAGCAACAUAUGACACUGCCCUGAGAAGCUGUUCUCUCAGUCGUUUCACUAGGAGAACUCAUCCUGAAUUACUGGAGGAUGAUCCGAAUUCUGAUUAUUUGGAAAAUACUUGCCUUAACACCGAGAGACGAUGCGACGGACUCACAGUGUUCGUCAAGGAAGAAAACAAACGUUUGCGCGGCCCAUUUGAAGUGGAUAUAUAUACAAAUCUUACUUUGGAAGAAUGUCAGGCGCUAUGUCCUAGAGCGGAAAAAUAUUUUUGUCGCAGCAUCGAAUUUGACGAACAAACGCGGCAGUGCGUCAUAUCCGAAGAGGAUUCUGUUUCACAAAAGGACGAUAUUGGAGUUAGCAGCAGCCCAAGUCAUCACUUUUACGAUUUGGUGUGCUUAGAUAAUCAUCCGUCCGUAGCGCGCGGUUCCGAAUACCCGGACAGCAGUUCAUCGUCACACCUCUUCUCCGAUGGUCGUCGUCCAGAUACGGCUUUCCAGCGUUAUCGGAACUCGCGUUUGAGUGGCGAGUUUCAUUCGGAGAUUACCGGACGCAGCCUCAGUGAGUGUCUGGACGAAUGCCUCCGGCAGACGAGCUUCCAAUGCCGUAGCGCCGUUUAUUCUGAGCAUUAUCACACCUGCCGAUUAAGCCGAUUCAAUCAAAGGGAUGGUAACCGGAUUAUCUACGAUGCCGAUUAUGACUAUUAUGAGAAUCUCAUGCAUCAAUAUCUAGACGGCGAUCGCGAUGGUCCUGGUUACAGACCGGAUCCCUUGGGACAGGACACAAACUUUGGACGACCCUCUUUAGGAAGACCCGGAUACCCGGACGAUUACGACAAAGGAUAUUCUACCAGCGUCAAACCGGAUCGUUAUCCAGAUCGUUAUCCAGAUCGUUAUCCAGAUCGUAUACCAGAUCGUAUACCGGAUCGUUAUCCAGAUCGGUAUCCCGACCGUUAUCCAGCAGAUCGAUAUCCUGAUCGCCGUCCUUUAGACGAUAGAUAUCCGGAUAACAAAUAUCCUUUAAAUGAACCCGACAAUUAUCCUGAUCGCUAUCCUCUUGGUGAUCGAUAUCCCGAUCGUUAUCCCACAGGAGAUCGUUAUCCCACAGGAGAUCGUUAUCCCACAGGAGAUCGUUAUCCCACAGGAGAUCGUUAUCCCACAGGAGAUCGUUAUCCUACAGGAGAUCGUUAUCCUGUGGGAGAUCGCUAUCCUGAUCGUUAUCCAGUUAGCGACCGAUAUCCGGACAGAUAUCCCAUGUCUGAUCGAUAUCCUAUUAGAGGAGGAGAUCGUCGUCCUAAUGGCGUCAAUAGAUAUCCCGACGCCGGAACUCUGGGGAGAUAUCCUCCAAGUGACCGAUAUCCCGUGAGUGAUCGAUAUCCCUCGAAUGAUCGAUAUCCCGCGAAUGACCGAUAUCCCGCGAAUGACCGAUAUCCUACUGUAAUACACGGGGUUCGUGUAAUUCCAAGUCGAUAUCCUGAUAUGAUUGAUCGAUAUCCUAAUACAAUAGAUCGGUAUCCUUAUCCAGAAGACCAUGUGGACCGAUAUCCUAUGGGAUUAGGUGGUGAUCGAUAUCCAGCUAGUGGAAGAUAUCCAGACAAGGAUCCUUAUGCUAGUCGCAGGUAUCCACCACCAGGAAUGUACUCGCCCGGAUUUGUCGACGAUGUUCGUGGUCCUCAGAGUGGUCCCGAGCCAAGACCUCAUUAUGGUGGUGGGCCGUACGGUCCAAUGCGACUAGGAGGAUACGGAGGAUAUGACGACGGCGGUAUUGUUGGUGGCGGAUACAUAGGUGAAGGCGGAGUCUACAACUCUCGUCCAUUUGGAACUGCUGGUGGGCCCAUCGCAGGCAGACCCAUCAUAGGCAGGCCUCCGUUAGUGUCUAGAUGCGACGAACAGGACAAUUUCAGGCAAGUUGGAUCUCGUACCAGAGUACGGAAGCCAUUCGUUAGACGGUACACCACUGCCUCGUCGUUGGCUCAGUGCGAGAGGGAAUGUGCCGAUGCUAGAGACUUCGUUUGCAGGUCCUUCAAUUACCGACCGUACACUGCGCCUUACGGGGCCGAGAGGGACAAUUGCGAACUCAGCGAUAGGGACUCCAGGGACAUGGACAUGGGCAAUCCGGUUUAUUACGACACGGGUUCGGAUUACGACUUUUACGAGAGGAACAACGGUCGCCAGGGUGCGGACGGGGAAUGUCUGGACGUGAGUCAAGUCUGCAGCGAGGAUGGGAUGGAAUUUACUCUGAGGACGCCGGAGGGAUUCAUUGGGCGAAUUUACACGUACGGAUACUAUGACCGAUGCUUCUUCCGCGGAAACGGCAGGACCGUGAACAAACUCCGUAUUAGCGGACCUCAGGGAUAUCCCGAAUGUGGCACACAGCGAUACGGCGAUACGAUGACAAACAUCGUGGUGGUGCAAUUUUCGGACUACGUGCAAACCGGGCGAGACAAACGAUUCAAUCUAACAUGCAUGUUUCGAGGACCUGACGAAGCUGUCGUCACAUCCGGUUACAUCGGUGCCGGGUAUGCCAGAUCAGGGUCCCCCAUCCCUAUCGAAUAUCUCCCAGCGGAAAAUACUCUGAGCUCCAGAGUGCGCUUGCUGAUUCUCUACCAGGGUAGACCCACGACAACCAUCGCCGUUGGCGAUCCUCUCACUUUUAGACUUGAAGCUCAAGAUGGGUACAAUUACGUAACGGAUAUAUUUGCUACUAAUGUUAUUGCAAGAGAUCCUUACUCUGGUAAAAGUGUUCAACUGAUCGACAGAUAUGGCUGUCCAGUGGACAACUACGUGUUUCCUGGUUUGGACCGUCUCCGUGAUGGCGAUAGCCUCGAGGCCCGCUUCAACGCCUUCAAAAUACCCGAAUCAAAUUUCCUGGUGUUCGAGGCGAAUGUACGAACGUGCCGCGAUGGCUGCCAGCCAGCGUAUUGCAGUGGUACCGGUAGAAGCGAACCAUCCUUUGGCAGACGGCGAAGGGACGUAAAUAACGAUACAGCGACGGACGAGGAUGAGACAUCGCCGAUAAUAGUAACGAAUGAUGACUUUAACAAUGCGUCAACGAUUUUCAACGCGACCGAUGCUGCGAGCGAUGAACUAGACAACGAAGAGGAGGAAGAGCAUGUCAGAGAAAUGAUAGAGGUUCUCGACUCAAGAAUGAACAUUGAAGAAGAUAAUAUCAUCGAGAAGCAAACUAAGGCUAGUAAAUUACUCUUGGAAAAUAUUUGUAUAACGCAAAACGAAUACUACGGCUUGGUUACCGCAGUAGGCAUCCUCGUGGUGCUCUUGGCCUCUGUUGUUCUCUUGUCUAUGCUUGUUUACAGAAAAUACGUUUAUUCCGUGAUUAUGAAAAAUCGUAGACUCGACAAAACCUGCAGUCGCAGCAACCAUUCCGAUGAGCCUUACAGCAGUCGAAUCAACAACUUUUCUUUUAUGAGGACAGGUCUUCAGAAACCGUUCCAAGCGUCAUCGAUCUCGAGAUCAAUGAGCAAUGCUAUUAGCCAACGUCUUGCCUCAUCGUCCACUCUGGAGGGUGCUGUGGGAUUAUCCACCGGUCGACGUGGCGGUUUCGAUCCGAGCGAGCCAAUCUAUACCGAUCCUUCGCUUUUUGAGGUCACUCAUUGCUCGAACACUUCAAAAUCGGCUCUCGGCGACAACUUUCAUCUUAUGUAGAAGAAAUACGUGAGAAGAUCGAUCCUGAAAUUACAUAACGCGAACGAUUCCCGCUUUAUUUAUUUACUUUAAUAAGAGUAUACGAAACUGACUAACGACAAUUAAUCCGUGACAAAUCAAUUCACGAUCUAUUCUGUCACUAGUCAAUAAUUCACUGCCAAUCCCCCAUAAAGAUUC